UUAUCAAAUAUUUUCUAGGCAUUCUGUUUAAUAACUUCACUUUCAUGAGCGUAAAAGAAAAAAAAAAAAAGAAUCAUGUUUUCAUUUCACUCUUCGGUAGACAUUGCCUUCAAUCAUAAUUUGUUCACAAAAACAUAAAAAUCCGUCCUAAGUUUCACAGAAUUUGUUCAAAGAUUUUGGCCUCAUAUCUGUCCAACAUGUUCUUCCUCUAUAAAUAGCCUUAUUCUCACUCUCUUGCAUUAUGCCAUUCAUAAAAAAGAGAAUUCAACCGAUGAAAAGUAGAAUUUAGGACUAGCAGAAAAGAGGGGGAAAAAAAAAGGUGUUAUUUUUUUGCUCUAAUCAUGCAGAAAGAUGAAGCUGCUGUUAUUAAAAAAGAGCCUAAUUAUGGAGGAGUCAAAGCCAUGCCUUUUGUUAUGGGCAAUGAGACAUUUGAGAAGCUGGGAACCAUUGGUACAUCUUCUAACAUGUUAGUGUACCUUACUACAGUAUUCAACAUGAGCACUAUUUCAGCCACUAAUCUCAUCAAUAUCUUCAAUGGGACUUGCAAUUUUGGAACAUUGUUUGGUGCCUUUUUCUCCGAUACUUAUCUAGGCCGAUAUAAGACCCUUGGAAUUGCUUCAGUUUCCUCUUUCCUGGGGAUGCUUGUGCUAACACUGACUGCAGCAGUUUCGGCUCUACGUCCUCCUAAAUGUGAAGCAGAAAAGAGGAAAGAAUGUGUUGAUCCAACAACAUGGCAACUCGCGCUCUUGUUUAAUGCAUUUGGACUGCUGGUGGUUGGGGCUAGUGGCAUAAGACCCUGUAACUUAGCAUUCGGAGCAGAUCAAUUCAAUCCCAAUACAGAUUCUGGGAGAAAGGGAAUCAAUAGCUUCUUCAAUUGGUACUACUUCUCCUACACUUUCACCAUGAUGAUAUCUCUGACACUCAUCGUCUACGUGCAAUCCAACGUGAAUUGGGCUAUUGGAUUGGGCAUUCCAGCGUUUCUGAUGUUCUUGUCGUGCGCAUUCUUCUUCACUGGGAGCAGAAUUUACAUCAAAGUAUUGCCCGAAGGCAGUCCCUUGACAAGUAUGGCACGAGUUCUAGUUGUUGCAUUUAAGAAGAGAAAGCUGAAACUGCCGGAGCAACCUUGUAGUAAUCUCUUUAAUUACUUUCCACUGAAUUCAAUCAACUCAAAGCUUCCUUAUACUGUCGAACUAAGGUUCCUCAAUAAAGCAGCAAUAAUCACAACCGAUGACAAGAUCAAUACAGAUGGAUCGGCAGCUAAUCCAUGGGGUCUUUGCAGCAUCCAGCAAGUAGAAGCGCUAAAAUGUGUGAUUAGAGUAAUUCCCAUAUGGAUUUCAGGCAUAUUAUACUAUGUUAUUAUAGCUCAAAUGCAGUCAUAUGUAGUAUUUCAAGCCAUCCAAAGCAACAGACACCUAGGAAGUGGAAAAUUCCAAAUCCCAGCUGCAACUUACAUUGUUUUCAUGAUGUUGAGCCUCUCAAUAUGGAUUCUCCUUUAUGACAGGCUCAUCCUUCCUUCACUCCGGCGAAUCACAAGAAAGGAAGAACCCAUUAGUCUCCUCCAGCGAGUCGGCAUUGGAAUGAUACUUGCUAUACUCACAAUGAUCGUAUCAGCAUUAGUCGAAAAUCACAGGAGGACAUUGGCCAUAACUCGUCCAACAUUAGGCCUUGUGCCUCGAAAGGGCUCCAUUUCGUCCAUGUCUGGUUGUUGGCUGAUACCUCAAUUAGCAAUAGCAGGAAUUUCCGAGGCAUUCACCGUCAUUGGACUAAUCGAAUUCUACUACAAACAGUUCCCAGAAAACAUGCGCAGUUUCGCAGGAUCUUUUGUAUAUUGUGCAUCCGCAAUGGCGAGUUAUUUGAGCAGUUUCUUGAUAUCAGUCGUUCAUCGGACUACGAGAGUGGGAGAAGCUGAAAAUUGGUUAUCUGAAGAUCUAAACAAGGGGAGAUUGGAUUACUUCUAUUACAUGGUUGCUGGUUUAGAAGUGAUCAAUUUGGGGUACUUUUUGAUUUGUGCGAAGUAUUACAAGUACAGAACAACAGAAUAAAUCACUAAAGAUGUUGCUAAGGAUGAAUUACAACCUCAAAAACCAGCAGUUUAGUUUCAAAAUCAGAAAUUUUGAAGGAUUCAUCAAACAGCGAGAAGUACAGGCUGUAUUUUCUGUCUUGGACAUGAUAAAAUAAGAAAAAUAAGUUUCAAUGUAUUUUUCUUUUGUUUUUAUGAGGGCGAGCGGAGGGAUGGAGGUACCAAUCCUCAGAAUCUUUGACUUCGUUGUGUCUUCCACAAACUGGGACAAGGAGAAUUGGUAAAUAUCAACUGUAUUAUGAAAUGAAAUAUUAUCAACCAUUGUGUACGGAACAUGUGCUUUUUAAGGGUAUUUUAUAAUCAGUGUUUUUUC